AUGGGCGGAUCGCCGCACUUAAAUGAGCGCCAACACGUGCCGCAAGCACAAUCACAGUUGGGUUCUCAGUAUCCUGUCGCGGCGGCUCGUGAGAAUGGACGGGCCGCCUCCUCGCACGACUUCUACAACACUGUAGAGCGCAAUAUAAUACCUGCUACCCAUCAUCCAGUAUCACCAUUGGACGCGCGAACAGAGACAGAACCUGCGAAUUCGUCCCAUAAGAACCAUAGCGAAACUACAAGUUCAGCAUCAUCUAUAGUGCUUGUUCCUCAGUCGCAAGAGCUGGACUCGUCGAAUUGUACAACGGCGCAACGUGGUUCUCUUUUGCAACCACCAAUGCAGCCCGAGUCUACAGGAGCUAGCAACCUUGGAAAAAUAGAUGAAAAGACAGUCGCAUUGAACCCAGAUACACAAAAUGACACCCCAGGAUCUGAGAGUCCGUCUAAAUUGCUACUAGGCCAGAAGCGGACCGCAACAGGCGUGGUCAAACCUGCAGCCAACCCGCAAGAUCCUCAUUAUCUAGACCAAAACGGCACCGAAAGGCGUCGUUCUCGAAGCAUCGGCUCCGUUUCACGUGGGAGCAGGAUAGCGGCGUUGUCCGUACAUCUUCGUACGCGUCUCUCCUACGCCGCAGCCAAAAUCGAGAAAAACCGUCAGUCCCACAAUGCUCAAAACCAAUUGCCAUUGGAGCUCCUACACAGUGGUGCAUUAUCCCAAAUAUCGAGUGUAGACUCAUUGAGACGAAUAGGGCUUUGUCCCUCCCCCGACGAUGCUCAAGCGAUGGAUAUAAAUUCACCAGACGGCACGACCGUGUCUGCACCAGACUUCCAGUUUAUAAAAGAUCCUUUGCGGGCAUCGCCAAUAGUCCGGUCGGAUGCAUCAACCCCUCUCGCGCUGCAAGGUGAACGAUUAAAAUCCCACAGUUCAACGGCCGCUGCGCCAAAACUUGCACCGCCCGCAGACAUCAUUUCGAGUAACAGCACUCGACGAAGACGGCCAAACCCGAAUGAAACCCUACAACAACCACGACAUUCCCAUUUCCCCCUUCAUCGAAGACAUCAUUCGCAGCAAGAAUCUAGUGUCUCAAGGCCGGCCAUCAAUUCGGGAACUGUCUUGGUACCUGGAACACCACCUCUUCGACCGUCAUCUCAUACCACCUCUACUCCUUAUGAUGCCGUAUCCAGUCGGCAUGGUCAGUCGCAAAAUUCUUCGAUGGAACAAGAUGCCAUUGAGACGUUGCUUUUCAUGUCCAGCCCGGGAAACUCGGGUUACCAUUCCAACUCCCAAAGUUCCCAGCCUCAGAAGAGUCUGAUACACAGCAGUAUUAGUAACUCGAUAGAUUCCAUAUCCAGCUCUAAAUGGUGUCAGGCUCCUUGUAUUAAAGAUGAACUUGAACCGUCCGAUUCUCAAGAGCGCAGUUCGCGUUUGGGCCUGGAAGCGCAGGCUGGUGACGAGAUAGAUCGCAUUCUAGACCAGAUGGACAGCGAUAGUGACGAUGAGAAGCAGUUCACGUCUAAUCUCUCAAACCGUCUCAACACGAGUUCGAUGUCUAAUGACAGUUCUGCAAGACAAGGGGAGUCUUCUACGUCCUAA